GCGACCCUUCCUCCAAAGCUGGAGAGCUCAUUCCACUUUAAAGAGUUAUCAACCGCUUUUAACUUGACUGAACUGUCUGAACCGUGACAGGUAAACUAGACGUAAUACUGACUAAUACAUAGUAAUAGUGAUAGGAGGAGUCUAGCAGUCUCAAAGCACUUCAGUUACAGACUGAGACUUUACUCAAGCCCGGACUCAAGGAACUAUUGAACCUCGGAUUUAGAUAUCUAGAUGGCUUUUCUUAGCGAAGAUGUUCGCAAACUUCUUCAUAAUAGAUUUAUUGUUGUUAUUGGUGAUUCCAUACAGAGAGGUAUAUACAAAGAUAUAGUUUUGUUACUGAAUGGAAACAGAUAUCUAACUGAACAGGAGUUGAAAAACAAGGGUGAGUACAAUUUUCUGAAUGAUGAGCUCAUCGAAGGUGGGCGUAAGGGUGAGAUGUGCAAUGGAAUAAACUAUACAGAAGUGAGACAGUAUCAAACAGACAAUCACUUGGUGCGCUUCUACUUCAUCACACGCUGCUACAGCAACUACCUGGAGAGUAUACUGAGUGACCUACAGAAAGACCCACUGCCUGACAUACUUAUUAUCAACUCUUGUCUUUGGGAUAUAACCAGGUAUGGUCGAGAUGCCAUCAAUGAGUACAAAGAUAACCUGGAAAAGGUUUUUCAGAGAUUUGCAGAAUGUCUUCCAAAACAUUGCCUGGUUCUCUGGAACACAACCUUACCAAUAUCUCCUAGUGCCAGAGGAGGAUUUCUUGUACCUGAAAUAGAAUUUAUGACUAGUACACUGCGCUUGGACAUCAUUGAGGCCAACUAUUUCGCUCAAAGUAUUGCAAUGAAGCAUGGCCAUGAUGUCUUAGACCUUCAUUUUUACCUCCGCCACCACCUGCACAGACGAGUCCGUGAUGGCAUACACUGGGACAUGUUAGCACAUCGUUAUAUCACCAAUCUCAUUCUGACUCACAUCUGCUCUGCUUGGCAUCUGCCCAUGCAAAGUAGGAGACCUGUAUUGUUUGAGGAUUUGAGAAGUUUCAUAGACACCAAGAGAGAGAGACACCCCAGCCCAAAGAAACAAAACCAUGGUUACUUUCAAUUUGGAAGCAGUGAAACGAACAACUUCCACAGUUCUUCAGCUAGAAAAAUGUCUCAUCUAGAGCCGCAUUAUGAUUUGAACAUGGGCUCUUACACUUGGCAACCUUAUAGUCAGGAUCCCAGAGGGGGUAGAGUCAUGAGAGAGCAUCAUUACCGUCACCAGCCUUACAGACACCGACACAACUCUCACUAUUACAAUUAUUAAAAAAAAAAAAAAAGUAGUUUCCCUUUCAGACCUUGUGGACUAUAGGGCAGAUGAUGUAAAGGUCAUCUGAUUCUGUGGCCUACGGUUAACGGGGGUGUCAUGUGGCCAUACAACGACCAACCGCCUUUACUUUUCCCCAACUAAUGUCAGGUUACCAAUAGAGCUGGGUAGACUCAGAGGCGCCCAAGAGUCCCAAGGAUUCGAACCUGGUACCCCCGGUUCAGAAGCCAAGCACUUUACCGCUCAGCCACCUCACCUCCAUUACAAUUAUUAAAAGACAAAAUAAUGUCAUGACAUCUCUCUUCUUUCUUACAACUCUUGACAAAAUAUCCCUGACGGUCUGAUGUAAUGUUUUUUAAUUUGCUUUUUGCGGCAAUCUCCCAGUCUCUUUUUUUUUUAAUGUUAAGUAUAUUCUUGACUUUCGCAUCAUCUGCCCUUAAAACUCAAGGUCUGAAAGAGAUACUUUCAUACUUGCCGGUACCUUUUUACUUUUAUUCUUGUCAACUUAGUUCAGGAUCUUAGUCACUAAAAGUUUUAAAAAACAAUUUAUACAUUACGGUACCCUAAAUAUUAUAACAAUAAUAGCAUGCUUUUUUCUAAUUAAUUAAUUUACUCUGAAGAACACCAGGUGAUCCCUUUUUCAUUGAGAACCAAGUUAAAAAAAAUGGUACUUAGUCCAAAAAAAUUUUUGCGACUUAUCCAAUUACAUGGUAAAAAUGAAGUGCACAUCCUGUUUUGCACAAUUAGUUUGUACUUGACUUUGUAUAUUUAUUAUUUAAAUGUUCCAAAAAUCAGUUAUUAUUGAAAGUUAAAUAAGAAAAGUACUCUUGGUACUAAAUGAAAAAGUGCCGGUACCUCGAAACAGGGACAUUAAGAAAAUUCCGUUUUGCAAGAACUAUGAGAAUCUUAAUGAGCCAUCAAAUCAAAGCACCAAUGAGAAGACCUCUGUUUCUUAUAAAAAGGCUAGGAGAUAUAUUUAUCCAUUUUAUAUACAGUAUUACUUUGCUAAAUCUAAAAAAAAAUAUGGCAAGCUCCUGCCUUUACCCGGAUAAGCAUUACUGGUAUGGAUUAGUUCUUGAAACAAUUAUAAUCCAGCAGUGCAAGCUCAAUGUAUCUUUUUUUUUAACUUAAAAUUUAUCUUCAGUGUCUUUUAGAAAACUUUCAGGAAGAAAGAUAAUUAUUAAUUUCAAGACUUUUCAAUGUGUGUUGUACCUGAUGAUUGUUCUUUUAUCUAGUCAACUCUUUAAAAUCUGACUAAAACCUUGUGUGGCAGUUUUUGGCCUUGUGUUAAUUAUGUGCCUCCUCCAAGCCAUUACAGUAUUAUAUUUAUGUUUUGAUUCUGCUCAUUUAAUAUCUGGUCAUUAACAUUUGAUUUGUACAACUGCUGAUUAAUUUUUCUACAUAGAUGUUAAAUAUGAAUAUCAUUUUUGUUGCAUGUUUGAUUCUUGACUUCUGUUUCACAUUUUGACUGUUUGUCCUGAUUCAAUUCUUUUUGAGUCGGAAUUCUUCCUUUGGUUUUAAUUAGGCAUGAAAAAAAUGAGACAUCUUUGUGUAAUUUUCUCCUUCUUCCUAGGUCCAACAAUUUUUUUUUGAGAAAAAAAAAUUUUGAUAUUUCUUUACAUUUUUUCAUAAAUCAUUUAAACAAAUCUAAUAAGUUUGAAAAGAUACAACUUUACAAGCACCAUGCAUAUCAGCUGUUGAUGUCUAAUUAUUAUGUGUAUGAUUUUGCCAGAGGCUAUGGAUAUAGUGUUUGUUUAAUAUUGUUUUGAUUUUGCUAACCAAUUUUUCUUUUCAAGGGCUUCUCCGCUCCUAUACUUGUUUUUAAUACAUUUAUGACUUGGUUAUUGAUUUGCCUUGUACACUCAAUUCUUCCAAAGAAGUCAGUGAGUGUGUUUACUUUGUGUGCAUUCACAAACUGAAUGUACUUGAGGUUUGAGCUGAGACACAAGUCUGACAUUUUUUUUGUUUUUUUUUUACUUUCACAUUCCAUGCAAGUUUUGAUUUGUAAUGCCUGUGAUUAUGGCGACUUUGCUCCUGUAAUACUUAAAUAAUGAUGAUCUGUUCAAUCCAAAUGUUGCUAAAUUAAAGCCUAUUUAAAUGUCA